CCGCUCCCGCCGCCCGCCGCCCGCCACCCCGGCCAGCCGCGCGCGCUCCAUGGCUGCUCAGGAGUGGGACUGGUUCCAGCGCGAGGAGCUCAUCGGCCAGAUCAGCGACAUCCGUGUGCAGAACCUGCAAGUUGAGAGGGAAAAUGUGCAGAAGAGGACUUUUACACGAUGGAUAAACCUGCACCUCGAAAAGUGUGACCCACCUCUAGAAGUUACGGACCUGUUCGUUGAUAUCCAAGAUGGCAGAAUCCUGAUGGCUUUGCUGGAAGUCCUCUCCGGGCGAAAUCUGCUGCAUGAAUACAAAUCCUCAUCACAUCGUAUUUUUCGGUUGAACAACAUAGCAAAAGCACUUAAGUUUCUGGAAGAUAGCAAUGUCAAGCUGGUUAGCAUCGAUGCAGCAGAAAUAGCGGAUGGCAACCCCUCACUGGUUCUCGGGCUGAUAUGGAACAUCAUUCUCUUCUUCCAGAUAAAGGAGCUCACGGGCAACCUCAGCAGGAGUUCCCCAUCUUCCAGCUUGUCACCUGGCUCGGGGGGCACAGACUCCGACUCCUCCUACCCACCCACCCCGACCACAGAGAGGAGUGUGGCGAUAUCAGUGAAAGACCAGAGGAAGGCCAUCAAGACCCUGCUGGCGUGGGUGCAGAGGAAAACGAGGAAGUAUGGCGUGGCAGUCCAGGACUUUGCGGGCAGCUGGAGGAGUGGGCUGGCUUUCCUGGCUGUCAUCAAAGCCAUUGACCCCAGCCUGGUGGACAUGAAGCAGGCUCUGGAAGAUUCCACCCGGGAGAAUCUAGAGAGGGCCUUCAGGAUUGCACACGAUAUCCUGCACAUUCCCAGGCUCCUGGAGCCAGAAGACAUCAUGGUGGACAUGCCGGAUGAACAGUCCAUUGUGACUUAUGUGGCCCAGUUUCUAGAACGCUUUCCGGAGUUGGAACCUCAGGAAGAUUUUGCGAAUCCAGACAAAGAAGCCCCCAUCGAGUCCACCUUUGUCCGAAUCAAAGAAAGCCCUUCUGAACAAGAAAGCCGAGUCCUCCUCCUCAGUGAGAACGGAGAGCGGGCCUACACUAUCAACCAUGAAAGCAGCCACCCACCACCUGCCAAAGUCUUCGUCUGUGACCAGCCCGAGAGCACCAAGGGUUUCUGUCUGGGUGGUAUGCCCAGCCGUGAUCUGUCAGACAGCGCCACUGAGUUCAUGCACCAGAUCAUUGACCAAGUCCUCCAGGAGAGCCCAGGGAAGACCAAUGAGCCAGCGCCAGAGUCUUCCAUCUUAUCAACCAGAAAGGAUGGCCGGAGGUCUAACUCUUUGCCAAUCAAGAAAUCCGUCCACUUUGAGGCUGAUUUGCACAAGGAUGCCUCGUGUAGCAAAGACCCUUUCUACAGCUCAGACUUCCGCUUUGAGGGGAGCCCAAGGGCGGCAAAGGAGGUGUCGAAGCCUGAUAGCUAUGUCUCAGUGGUUGAGGUUGCCAAGGAAAAGAAGACAGAACAGGAAGCCAGGCCAGCGCAGGAAGCUGCCUCAGACAAGGGCCCUAGAGACAUUGUUGGUGUGGAUGGCAUGCCCCACCACAGUCAGCCUCCCCAGGACCCCACAUUCUGUAACGGCACUGUAGAGGGUCCAGCUAGCCAAGGUGAGAAAGGCCCUUCUUCUGCAUCCCCUGGAGAUCAUACUAUCCUGGCCAACUCCACUGAGCUCAAGGUUCAGCUGCUGACUGUCGAGCCUAUGGAUAAAGAUGACUAUUUUGAAGGCAUCCCCCUAAAGGCUUCCAAGUUUAACAGGGACCUCGCAGAUUUUGCUUCCACUAGUCAGGCUUUUAGUCAGGAGCCAUCACCCCAUGAGAAGACACUUGAGGAGGAGGAGGGUUUUGAGAAUUAUGCUGAGAAACUGGGGAAAAGGAAGUCAAAGUCUCCCCAUGCAGAGACAGAGUCCCCUGAAUCCCAAGCCGAGCCUGACAAACAUGAGUCUCCUCCCAAGGGCCCCGAACAAGAUGAUCAGGACCAUCCUUUGCCCCCAGAAGAAACACCAGCAGAUAAGAAACCCGAAGUGUUUGAAAAGGCCAAGAGAAAGUCCACCCGGCAUCGCAGCGAGGAAGAAGGAGAAGCAGAAGACCUCUCCGGGGUCGGGGGAGAAAUGCCAUCCAACCCUCCGAGUACCAGUGUCAGCCUGGAAACCCUCAGGAGUCACAGCGAAGAAGGGUUGGAUUUCAAGCCUUCUCCACCACUCUCGAAGAUCUCCGUCAUCCCGCACGACCUGUUCUAUUACCCACACUACGAGGUGCCCCUGGCCGCAGUGCUGGAGGCUUACUCGGAAGGUGGGGAGGAUUUGAAAAAUGAAGAUGCCGAUCUAGGGGAGCCAGAAGAGGGCUAUCUGCAGGAUUCCAGGGAGGAGGAGGAGGCCCACAGCUCCCAAAGCAGCUGCAGUUUCUCCUUGCCUGUUGACAAUGGCCACCCCAGCGUUAGUGACCAGGUGUCCCAUGUUGAUGAGAAUUCUGAGGGGCCCACGUCAGCCUCAGGAACUGGUUCAUCACCCUCCCCCGAGGACCACCAACAGAGGGAAACCAAAGAGAAUGGCCCUGUGGAGAGCCAGCAGCCCCAAGAACCUCCAAACCCGGAACUCCCCGCAAAACCAAUAGAAGAAAAGUUAACGGAAGCCUCAACUAGCAGUAAAAAGAAAGAAAAAAGGAAACAUGUGGACCAAGUAGAAAGCUCAUUAUUUAUAGCCCCUGGGACUGUCCGCUCCUCAGAUGACCUUGAAGAAAACCCCUGUGAACACAAGAUCCCAUCCAGGAAUAGCCACAGUGACUCCAGCAUUUACAUUCGGCGACAUGCUAAUAGGUCUUUGGAAUUGGACCAUUUUAGCUAUGUUCAAUUGAGGAACGCAGCCGAUCUGGAUGAGAGGAGAAACAGAGUGCUAAACAGGUACAAUUCUCAGAAGCUCACUGAGCUGAUUUUACAGUUUUACGGCAUCAGAGCAGACAUGAAGCGGGAAAGCAAACAUGCCAGGCUGUCUAUGACUGGCACCAACUCCUCUGGAGAAGCUGUGCCCCUGGGAAGCCAGAGCCCGCCCAAUGACUCUCUGACACAGUUCGUACAGCAGCCCGACGUGAUCUAUUUCAUUCUUUUCCUCUGGCUCCUGGUCUACUGCUUGCUACUCUUCCCCCAGCUUGAUGUCAGCCGGCUCUGAAACGUGUGUCUGGAGAAUAAAAGACAGGACCCUGACCAGGGUGGAGUCUGCCUCCUGCAUCUUACUGUCUGUUCAGGGUUGAGCCACUUCUGCAGAGAUGGAAGACCUCAGAGGGAACACAGGCCUCACCUCCUGUUGCCGUCUGGUUCAGUCUUUGCUCACAUGUCCCCUUGAUUCUCUAAGACUUGAGAGCAUGCUGACCUCCCUGACUGUGUGCUCUGAGCUCAGGUUUGAGGCUGGAUCUGCGGACAGGAUUCCUCCUUAUGUGCCUUGUUUGAUCAGAUGCGAGUCCUUACGAAUGUGUACUCCAAACCCGGGUCUUGGCAUGUGAACAUGCAGGUGUCUAAGCCCCUAAUGAGCUUAAGUUACUUACUUUUAUCUCAGGGGAGGUUCUGCCUGAUUUCAAGAAAGAACGGAGUCAUACUAGGAAGAAAGGUGCCCUGUUCUCCUCUAUGUGUGAGUGUUUGAGUGAAGGUGAUACAGCUCCCAUGAACCUGUCCCAGCCUGAUGACCCAUUGUGUUCACUGAGGGAGUUCAACAGCACACCUGCCUGCUCCCCAGAAAUUACACCUGGGCAUUGGCAGGCUCCAGAGAAGAGGGCGCUCUGCCAGCUUUGUUGUGGGCCACGGCACAUUCUUUCGCCUUGGCAUUCUUGGAGGGUUGCACUUUUAAUUCACUUUUGCAUUGAUUGGCUCGAGGUAGAGCUGUACUUCUCAAACCUCCUCCACCAGGAGGACCUCCCAUCAGAAGAAAGAAGAAAAGGGAUCAGUCUAGAUUUGCAUUGGAAGCCAGGCUCUGGCUGACUGGGAUAGCCCUAAGACCGCCUCGUAUUCUGUUGAGUUUUCUGUACAGAAUCUGAAGUCCUUAUGGGGCAGCAUAAGGAGCCCCAGGGUCCUGGAAGUGGCUGGGUCAGAAUAAGCUCCCAUGAAUGGUGGAACUUGGAGGGUUUCUGCAGGUUUCUGGGCUCAGGAUGCACACCUUGGCACCAGCAUCCUUUGCGGUCAACCAUAACAGAGAUCUUGAAAAGUACCAGGGCGUAGGCCAGGGCAGGCAGGUUGUGAAGAGAAUGGUUUCUUUCCUCACCCUCCUAUUGCCCUCAUCUCUGCCCUGGCGUGCUCUGCCCUCUCCUCUGUGCAAAGGCUCAGGUCUGCAGAGACUCUAAGUUCCUCCUCUCCUCAUCAUCCCUCUCAAAAAACACAUACUAGGCAGCCCUCAUAAAGCAGUAAACUGAGCCGGGUGGUGGUGGCGCACACCUUUAAUUCCAGCACUGGGGAGGCAGAGGCAGGCGGAUCUCUGUGAGUUUGAGGUCAGCCAGGGCUAUGCAGAGAAACCCUGUCUCGAAAAACCAGGAAAAACAAACAAACAAACAAACAAACAAACAAAAACAAAACCAUAAACUGUUAGUCAGGAGGAAGGAGUCCCAGG